UCGGGGAGGGGCAGGGCUCUGAGCUCAGCUGGUAUUAAUUCCUCUGUUACUAACAAGGGGGGCACGCUGGGCAGAUAAGGUGCCGGGCCGGCGGCAUCGUCUGCGUGGCUAGAGCCCCCGCCUUGCCGGUCCUGGCAGGCGUUCGCGGCAGAUCCGGCAGCCCUCGCCCCGGACCCGGGGUCUCUCCCCCAAGGGAUAUUGUCGCUUUGGAAGGGGCCAUUGGCCGUGGGGCCAACCGUGUGCCCUUUUCACUGACACGAACCAGGAAAACGGUGCGCAGCGGUCUCGCCCGUUUUGCCAACUGGUAUCCCGGGCUCUGGGACGCUCUCCCUCUCGUGUCGGCCGGCAUGGGGGAGACCGAACAGGAGGGACCAGAAGCCCAUCGGCCUCUUAGUCCCUCCUGUUCCGAUGACACCCCACGUACCCCCCCGGUUCCCCCCUUGCCCCUUCCUGCUGUGAUCGGAGAGGGGAUGUUGGGAUCAGACGAUGAGGAACAAGAGGACCCCCGGGAUUACUGUCGAGGUGGGUAUUACCCAGUAAAGAUCGGGGACCUGUUCAACGGGCGCUAUCAUGUGGUGCGGAAACUCGGCUGGGGGCACUUUUCGACCGUCUGGCUCUGCUGGGACAUACAACGGAAACGUUUUGUGGCUCUCAAGGUGGUGAAGAGCGCCGUGCACUAUACAGAGACGGCCGUGGACGAAAUCAAGCUUCUGAAAUGU